CAUUCCUUUCAGAAUUAUCCCUGCUGAGGUGAUUUAAGGGGAAAAAAGAGGAAAAACACAAAAGAGAAAGUGGGUUGUGACAGAUACACAUGAACUAGAGUGUAGAUCAGUAUUGUCGCCUUUGAAUCUCAUAAAACAGUAUGAUAGGGUGACAAAGUUCGUAUGCGAGGGCGUCUCACUGUGCAUGUUCAACAGAAGGUAAAUUGAACCCACACAUGUUUUCGAGGACGUCAUGUUUCCUUUUUUUCUCUUCAUUCUCGCUUGGGGGAGGUGUUUCCCGACCUGAAUACACCCACAGAGAGGCAGCAGAGAGAGGUGGAACUGAGCAGAGUUGAAAUGUGGAGCUGAGGCAACAACAAACACCGGAGAGAAGAGAGAGUCGUGACAUUUGAGCUGAGCGCUGUUCAACGACAAGCAGAGAUGAGGAAACUUGUAUUUCUGCUCACUUUUGUUCUGUGCAUAAGUGGCACACUUCAAAAAAGGGGUAAACAGAGGAUGAAAAGGCAUAACAGCUCUGACUCUGCCUUCCCUAUGCCCAGAACAUUCAAUGCGGACCUAAUCACUGAGACAGUUGUCCAAAAUGGGACUCAGGCUCUCAAUUCAUCUCCUUCUCAUCCAGCUCUGACGUUACGCAGCAACAGCACAGCAGGGUACCUCAACAGCGCUCUCAGCACCCGGGUCAUACCCAUUAUUUAUAUCCUGGUGCUUGUUGUCGGGAUCCCGGCCAACGCCGCCAUCUUGUGCACGUUGGCCUCCAAAAUCAGGAAGGUGUCCUCUGCCAUUCUGUACUGCAGCCUGGCUGUCUCCGACCUCUUCCUCCUCCUCUCCCUCUUCUUCAAGGCUCACUACCAUUUCUAUGGAAACCACUGGGUUCUCGGAGAAGCCGCCUGUCGAGUGGUCACGGCCUGUUUCUAUGGCAACCUCUACUGCUCGGCCCAGACGUUGGCCUGCAUCAGCAUCAAGCGCUACCUGGCUGUAGUGCACCCGUUCAAGUACAAAUCCCUGCCCAAGAGGAUGUGCACCGCCUGGGUCACGUUUGCCGUGUGGGCGGUGUUUGGAGCCGCCGUUGUUCCUGAACUCCUCGUCCAGCAGAGCUACUGGCUCCCUGAGCUGGGACGCUUCACCUGCCAUGAUGUAUUGCCUCUGGAAAAUGACUCCCAUAUGUUCCUGCUCUACUACAACCUGAUCCUGACCAUCUUCGGCCUCCUGCUGCCGCUGGUGAUCACUGUCGUGUGCUUCAUACGAAUCGUCUGUGAGCUCAACCAGUCACACAACGACUGGUCGUUAUACAUCAAGGCCAGCUCACUGGUGUUUUCCAUCUUCCUGCUGUGUUUUACCCCUGCUGGUGUUUUGCACUUCCUCCAUUACGUGCAGCUGUUUGUGGACAGAACAGAGACUCUGUACGUGUACUUUAACGUGGCGGUGUGUUUGUGUUGCCUCCAUGCCUGUCUAGACCCUUUCCUCUUUCUCUUGAUGUCCAAAUCUGCAGGCUCCAGCCGAUACUUCAGGGCCUUUAAAGGCAAGACCCUGAGCCUAUCUGUAUAAGAGACUCACAAUGCCAAAAUCUGAUCAUCAUACAGACAAUUUUGUAUCAAUUUAGAGACUCAGAUUUACCUAACCUCAAUCUGCAUUUUUUAAGAUUAUGAAAGUUAAUCUAACACACAGGACAGACAUUUCUUUGAAUAAUCAAUCUGGUAGUUAUUUGGAAAUCUGGUAGAGUCAGGGUUGGGUUUGGUUUGAAUCUAAGAGCACAUGUGGGUCAAAUGAAAGUUCCAACAGUCCGGGGAGGUUACCCCUGGAAGUUUGAAAUGUCUAACUCCAUAAAAACAGAGAUUUGGGCUAAAUUGGGCCCUAGAAUGAAGCUGGCCAGUUCAGUUUUAGUUGCCAGGGUGUAGGUUGAAGUGGCGUAUGAUGAAAAUAACAGGAAUAUUUGUUAUAUUUUGCUUUUUUAUAAAAAAACUAAACAAAUCGAAGAUAAUGUCAAUGUUAAAUCUAAAUAUUGGAUUUAAAUCUAAAUGUUGGAACGUAAUUUGGAUUUAAGAUUUAACAUUCAGGUUUAGAAUUAUAAUUCAAGAUUUGGGUUUAUAUAUGAUACUAGUAUGUAGUUACUUUUUCACCUUAAAAUAAGAAAUCACCACAUUUAAUUCAUGGAAAGUUUUUAAUGCGUAUUAUUUCAAAUAAGUAACGUUUGGCUAAUGCAUUUUCUUUGUGUAUUUUCAUUUAUAUUUUUUUGUUGAAUUGGGGGGAAAGGUUUUUUGGGGCUGGAAUCCAAAAAGAAAGUAAAAGGACCACCUGUGCAUCUUGUAAAUGAGAGCUGGACUUGAUUCUUGUGACAUCACUUAGAUAACCUCUUCUUGUACUUAGACUUGUAUAGUUUUGUAUCUGAUUGUCUGUGACAGAUGGAAUGAGCAGACAAAUUCUAAAUAUGCUAUAAAAGAUAAAAUAUAUAAAUGUUUAAUAACACACAACAGUUAAUGUUUUAGGCCUAUUGCUUUUCCCUCUGUAGACAUUCGAGAAAAGUUACACGAAAAUAACUUGAUCCUCAUGUAUUUACAAUAAGCUUGAAAUAUGUUACUUACCAUAAACAAUGUGAAACAGGCUGACUUUAGGAAAUAAUCUCCCAAACGUUUGUGUGUUCCUGUAAUCAUAUAUACAGUGUUGUCCGUUCAAUAAAAUUGAAAACAUCUCCAAGA